AUGGCAUCAUCAGAUGUGCAACAGUAUCUGAUAACCUCUAUGAUAAGUUUAUGUUGUGAUGUAGUGGACAUUUGGGAAGCCAUCAGAAAGAGAGAGGGAAUCAUGUUACUUAUAUCUUUUCUAGGUUUAUCAAGUGAAGAACAUCAAGAGUAUGUUGUCUGGCUGCUGGCAAUCCUAACAGAACAAAUAGACGAUAACAAGUGGGCAAUUACUGUUGUUGGUGGUAUUCCGCCACUUGUACAUUUACUAGAAACUGGAUCUGAUAAAGCGAGGGAGGAUGCAGCUUAUGUUCUGUGGAACUUAUGCUGUCACAGUGAAGAUAUCUAUGCAUGUGUUGAAAGUGCUGAAGCAAUUCCUGCUUUCCUAUGGUUCUUGAAAACUAGUGGAACAAAGGGACAAGAAGCCUCAGGGAAGGCACUAAGAAAGCUUAUACGCAAGGCAGAUGCUGCCACUAUUAAUUAG